AUGGCAGAAACCAACUUUGUGCAGCCAGCAAUACCUCGGUUCGAUGGUCAUUAUGACCAUUGGGCCAUGCUCAUGGAGAACUUCCUUCGUUCGAAGGAGUAUUGGCACAUGGUGGAGAUUGGUAUUCCAGCAGCUGCAGCAGAAGGAGGAGAGGAGAUAGAAGCUCAACGGAAGUUAAGAGAAGAUGCAAAAUUAAAAGACUUGAAGGUCAAAAAUUACUUGUUCCAGGCCAUCGACAGAACCAUCGUGGAAACCAUCUUGAACAAGGAGACUGCAAAAGGAAUUUGGGACUCGAUGAGACAGAAAUUUCAAGGCUCAACGAAGGUUAAGAGAGCUCAGUUACAAACACUCAGAAGGGAGUUUGAAGUUCUUGGCAUGAGAGAGGGUGAGAAAGUGAACGAGUAUUUUGCUUGUACACUUACAGUGGCAAACAAAAUGAAGGGACAUGGGGAGAGAAUGGGAGAUUUGGUGAUUGUGGAAAAGAUCUUGCGGUCCAUGACUCGCAAGUAUGAUUAUGUGGUGUGCUUGAUAGAGGAGUCCAACGAUCUCACAACCAUGACUAUUGAUGAGCUUCAAAGCAGCUUCUUAGUGCAUGAGCAACGCAUGCAUGCACAUUGGAAAUUUUCUGAUUUUUUUCAUAAGGACGAAAAAUUCUAA